AUGGGCAGAAAUAGCAUCAUUGAUCUGUCAAUUUACGAACAGCCCGAUGGCAAACAUCGACUGGCAAAGCAGCUUCGCAACGCAGUCCACACGACGGGCUUCUUCAGCGUUAUUAACACCGGCCUUGACCAGGCGGAAGUAGACCGACAGUACGAUAUUGCCCAGGCGUUCUUCGAGCUCUCGCUUGAGGAGAAGAACAAGCCGGAGUAUAGAUGCGACUUCGCGGCAGGGAAUUAUUUCGGUUAUCGACGCGCGCAUGAGAAGCGCAUCAUGGGCACUGAAGUGCUGAAUAUUGAGGAAUCCUUCAACAUACCAAAGUUCAUCCCGAACAAUGCCAACGAGCCAUUUCAUUCAUUCUUCGAGCAAUACCGCGAUGAGAUAGAGGCCUUCUCGCGAAAGGCCAUUGGCAUUGCUGACCGCAUCUUCACCCUCUUUGCUAUCAUCCUUGAACUACCCGAGGACUACUUCUCGUCCAGGCACCGAUACGAUGACCCCAGCGACGACCACCUGCGAUAUAUGGUGUACCAUCCGCGAUCAGUCGAAGACGACCAGAAAGUACAGAACACUUGGUCGCGUGCCCACACUGACUUCGGCUCCUUGACUCUGCUGUGGAGCCAGGACGUAGCUGGCUUGCAAUUGAAGACGCCAAACGGCGACUGGAAAUACUCUACCACGCAUCGAGUGGUGCGGCCGCCGCCUGACCAGGACGAGAUUCACCGGCUUGGGCUCUUCUACUUCGUGAGGCCAGGCGACGACACCGACAUAAAACCUGCACCGAGCCCAUUGCUGAAGCGGAUGGGCCUCAUCCCGGAGGACCAGGAGAAUGCUAAGCCGGUCCGGGGCCUCGAGUAUGUGCGUGAGCGUGUCAAGGAUUACCAUAACCACAUGAAUUAUGCAGAUAAGAAGGGCCAGAAGUUCAAGGUCGGCAACCUGGAGAUCGAGGAUGAAGCAACAUAG